UCCUGAUCCACCACCCCUAAUGGGGCCCUAUUACAUCCAUGAUGUGGGACCCCCAAGAUGGGGAUGUUCGUCCCACAACAGCCGAGGUCGUCUCCCCCCACAGGCACUGUCCCGGUUCCUGAUCCUGCUUGUGUAGGAGUGGUGGGGGAUUUGAAGAAUAGACGGGUCCCCACAAUCCCCCAUUGAGGCCUGAGCCCUGGAGCUGGUGUGGGUGGGGCAGGAAGGUUCCUCCCUAACUGGUUCUCUCUCGCUAUACCCCACUCCUGGUGGGUACAGGAUGAGGGGCAGCAGCUCCUGUUCCUUCAGGCCAUCUACCCCGCAUGUCUGGCUGCACGGGAGAGAGGGGAGGACACGCUGGAGCCGCGCUGUUGCAAGGCGGCUGUGGUGAAGAGGAUCGUGGAGCUCAUCGAGGAGCUUCCCGAGGACUCGUCACCCAGCGCCGUCCUCGCCCACUCCCUGGCUGCAGUGGGCAACCUCUGCACCAUGAAACCUGCUCUGGAGCCAGACCUAGAGACCCACCUCUUGCGAGCUGCCCUUCACUCCGUCUUCACCCUGGGCACGGAGAGGGACACCACUGGCAUCCAGGUACAUCCUCCUCCUCCAUCCUCCUCCUCUUCCAGAGUGGUUCUUGGUCCUGCUCCCUUGAUUCGCUGGAGCUCCAGAUUUAGGGGUGGGGUAGCGGAAAUGGAACAAGCUGCAGGCUUGGAUCCUUCCCUCCAGCAGGGAAGAGAUUACCCCUCUCUGGGGGAUUUCUUUCUUUCUUUCUUCCUUUCUUUCUUUCUUCCAUAAGCCGUGUUUUGCCCAGAAGCCCAGCUUCCAUCCAUAGCAACUUGGCUGUUUCGUACUCUUCUGCCUACAAGGCCCUCUCCAGAGACCUGCUAAGCUCAUGGAUGAAAGGUCCAGGGGUCAUCAAUUCUUGCGAAUUGCCUGCAGUGGGAUGUGAAGGAGAGAGGCCAGGAGAUGUGUUUGGGAGUCUCCCCAGUGCUUCCCAGAGACCCCUCUUCCCAUCCUGUGGCAGGUGUAGGCUCAGGUUCCCUAACUCUGACCCAUGCUUUGCAGACUCUGCACAAAGUCAUCCCAGAGGUCCUGGAUGCCAUGCUGGGGAAUCUGCUGGCAGAGUCCCCAGACACAGACAGGCUCCACUUCAUCUUGGAGCAUGUCAACUUCUGGGUCGUGUCCAGGGUGUCCCAGGAGCGAGCCAGGGCCAUCAGGAGCAGCACAGCCCUGCUGAGAUACACAGUCACCCUCCCUGAGUUUGACAUCUCAGCCGAGUUCCCCAGGAUGGGGCACCAUGUGGCCCAGCUGGCUCUAUUUGUCAGCGAUCCAGACAAGGACAUCAGCCGGCAGGCCAGGGAGGGGACUUACCGGCUCUACCAGCUGCUGCUCCGACAGAGGGGCCUGACCAUACAUGACGCCGAAGAUCUCUGGUGCUAUGACUGGCACCAGGACAGAAGGCUCUUGGGAUACAAGAAUACGGCCAGAGUGGGGGAGCACGAGGAUGUCACAGCCAAGAUCAUGGGCCAGCUUCACAUCAUCAGGCACUUGCACCAGAUGCCCGAGGCACUGCAAGGGCUGUGGCUCGUCUGA